AUGGGUCCUGUUCUAUCAGCAAGUACAGCCCCUGCUGCCCCUGCUAAUAUUACAAGUGCGCUAACAACUGGCCUACUCUCUAGCCCUGCACCAGCAAAGCCUGUAUUCUCAGGUUGUCAAGUAGUCACCAACACUAUACCUGAUUCCCCGGCUCUGCGUCUCAAUUCUUUGCAAGUUGCUACCUCUGCUGGUUCCACACAAUUCAUUACUACUCCUAAACAAGAACCUGAACCCCUGGUCCUUAAAGUUGCCGAUCCAGAUUUUUAUAACUUAGACAAGAAUAAGAGUGAAGAAUGCUUCGUAGUUGAUCAGAAGUGGGUCGUUUUUGACAAUUUAGAUCUUAUGCCCAGAAAAUAUGUUCAGAUCAACAAAGUGUAUUCACCUUUCAAGGUGGAUGCUACAUGGUUAGAGUUUAUUGCUGAGGAUAUCAAUGAGACUGCUUGGAAGAGAAGUGGGUUACCUGUUGCUUGUGGGAAGUUCAAAUACGAGAAGACUCAGAAAACUGAUACAAUUACAGCUAUGAGUUCAUUCUCCCAUAUGAUUUUCAGGAAAAAAAAUGCUAAUGAGACUUGCAGCAUCUAUCCCCGGAAAGGGGAAACUUGGGCCCUCUACAAGAACUGGAACAUUAAAUGGAGCUCUGAUCCGGACAAUCACAGAAAGUACGAGUAUGAAUAUGUUAUAGUCCUAUCAGAUUACACUAAAAAAUCAGGUGUUUUAGUUUCCCAUUUGGUUAAGCUAAAAGGUUUUGUAUGCCUUUUCAAGCCAACCAAUAACAAUGGCAUGGCUUCCUUUCAGAUACCAUCCAAUGAAAUGUUAAGGUUCUCUCAUAGGGUUCCCUCAUUUAGAACAAACGGUAAAGAACGAAAAGACGUCCCUGAAGGUUAUUUUGAACUUGAUACUUGUUCCCUUCCCAGUAACCUUGAAGAAGUGUCUGGGGUCAUUAAAGUGGAAGCUGAAACUGUUGAUUGUAAUAUUGACGGUUCGUUAGUAUCCAUAGAAGGAGAGAAAAAAUCCUUACAGAAGAAGAGAAAAAAUCCUGAUGCAGAGAGUACCUUGGAUGGGAGUUCCCGAGGUGGCAAUAAGUCUUCUAGGAUGUCAAAUGGAGGCUAUAAGAAUCCCAAUGAAGAAAAGCGAGCAGCAGAAGCUUCUGGUCGACCUCCGAAUAAGAGCAAGGCUACCAGUGUUUCAGAUAGCGAGAAAAAUGCUGCUGUUGAUGCUAAGGAAAUGAGUCCAGAAGUUGUGAAAAUCAUACCUGGCAGCAUGGACGAGGGUAUCUCCUCCUCACCUUCUUCUUUGAAGAUUUUUGAAAUGCUAGGCACGGAAUUGUGCAACUUUGACGAAGAGCGAUCCUGCGAAAAGUUUAAGACUGGCCAGAUAUAGGCUGUGUAUUGCAAAUUGGGUAAGUUGCCCAAAAACUAUGCUCAAAUAGUGAGUGUUGAAUCAUUUCCUGUUUUUAAACUGGCUGUGAAGUGGCUUAAAUCUUGCGAUCCACCAAGAGGCAUUAUCCCAUGGGUUGAGAAGGAAAUGCCAGUAAGCUGUGGAACAUUUAAGGUCACGUCUAGUGAAGCUGUUGUCUUUAGUGAUUCCAUUUCUUUCUCUCAUCAGUUAAGUGGGAUACCAACUGCUAAUAACAUAUUCACAAUACUUCCAAGGGCAGGGGAAGUGUGGGCGCUAUAUAGUAAAUUUCGCUCUGACUUGACGUGCUCGGACUUGAAGAAAUGUGAGUACGACAUUGUUGAAAUUGUAGAAGUGGUUGAUGUUCAUUGGAUAAUUGUAUCGGUUUUGGAAAGAAUUACUGGUUUUAAGACGGUAUUCAAAGCUAAAGAAACAGAGGGACUUGAUUCCACUGCGGCUAUUCCGUGGAUUGAAUUGUAUAGAUUCUCUCAUCAAGUGCCUACUUUCAUGUUGUCAGGAGGAAGGUAUGGCAAGUUCCGCGGCUGUUGGGAGCUCGAUCCCAGAGCAUUGACAGUUUGUUGAUAUUGGAUGAACCACAAAAUAACAGUUGAUCAUAUAUCAAUCAACGUGCUGUUCAUUUGCCAUUUCAUGUAUAGCUG